AUCAGCAGAAUCAAGGAGAAAGUGGAGGAGCAGUCGGGCGUGCCACCACAACAACAGCGGCUGAUCUUCAGUGGGAGGCAGAUGCCCGAUGAUAAAACAGCCAAAGACUUCAAUAUCACAGCUGGAUCAGUACUUCAUCUCGUUCUUGCUUUGCGUGGUGGUCAUUAUUGA